AUGGAGGAAUUAAGAAACGCUAUCAAAGGAAAGACAGACCAAAGCUUGGAGAGGAUCGUCCGGAAGAUAGACUCACCUUUUAUCGUGGCCGUCCAGGAGUGUCCAGUACCCUCCAAGUUCUGUCUACCUCAGCUAGAACCCUUUGAUGGGCUGAAAGAUCCCUUGGAUCACCUGAAUACCUUCAGAACGACCCUAGGCCUUCAACAGCCACCUGAUGAAAUUUUGUGCCGCUCUUUCCCUACUACUCUCAAAGGGGCGGCUAGGGAGUGGUUCAACAAGUUGCUAACAUCGUCCAUUGAUAACUUCGAACAGUUGAGCAAUUCCUUUGUUCGUCAUUUCAUAGGCGGGCAGCGUCCAAAAAGGAUUGCCGACCAUCUGCUCACCAUCAAGCAAGGAGAGAAGGAGACGUUGAGGUCUUAUGUGGCGCGCUUCACCCGAGGAAUGCUGGAAGUAGAUGAGGUAGAUGACAAAGUACAUCUCACAACUUUCAAAGCAGGGUUGAAGUCCAGAGAUUUUGUGGCAUCCUUGGCAAAGAACCCCCCAAAGACCAUGGCUGAAGCACUGUUGAAAGCACAAAAGUAUAUGAACGCGGAAGAAGCUCUGGCAGCCAUUGAUGGAGCGGAAAAGAGCAAAGAAAAGAAGAAGGAGAAAGAGGAUGAUCGAAGAGGGCAGAAGAGAGAUAGAGCAGAUCGUCGUAAUGACGAAGGAAAUAGACGGAGGGAGGAUAAAAACCCUCGUCUAGUGAAGUUCACACCGUUGGCGGUGCCUGUGGACCAGAUUUUGAUGGAAAUAAGAGACGAACCUUCUCUUAAAUGGCCAAGGCCACUCCAUUCUUCACCAAGUUUACAUGACAAGAGGAAAUACUGUCAUUUUCACAAGGAUCAUGGACACUACACGGAGGAUUGUAGAGAUCUGAAGGAGCAGAUUGAAGAACUCAUACGGAAAGGGAAACUACAGCAAUAUGUCAAAAGAGGAGAUUCCAGCAAACACAACCAGAAGGGUCAGCACGGGGGCAAUAAGAGGGACGAAGACCAACCAUCACCUCAUCCACAGAAUGCAUUAGGGGAGAUAAGGACUAUUGCAGGGGGACCAACCGCAGGAAGGUUAUACAGAUCCCUGAAGAAGUCACACCAAAGGUAG